CAUCAUUUCAAGGAAAAUGCCAUCAGAACAGAAGAUUGCGUUACAAGCGCAAACGGAAAACCCAAAGCAUUAUACCUAUUUGAAGGAAUUUCGGACUGAACAGUGUCCACUGUUUCUUCAACACAAAUGUACCCAACACAGACCCUUCACCUGUUUCCAUUGGCAUUUUAUGAAUCAACGCCGGAGACGGCCCAUCAGGAAGCGAGAUGGAAAUUUUAAUUAUAGUCCUGAUGUCUACUGUACCAAAUACGAUGAGACCACUGGACUCUGUCCGGAUGGAGACGAUUGCCCCUUCCUGCACAGGACGGCUGGCGACACGGAGCGGCGCUACCAUCUACGCUACUACAAGACGUGUCUGUGCGUGCACGAGACGGACACGCGCGGCAACUGCAUGAAGAACGGCCCGCACUGCGCGUUCGCCCACGGCGAGCACGACCUGCGACCGCCCGUCUACGACGUGAGAGAGAAGCAGGCGCUGGAGUCGGGCGAGGAGAUGCCGAUGGGAGGCCUGGACGGCAACAACCUAGAGAAGGAGCGCAGCCUCCUAAACGAGGAUCCCAAAUGGCAAGAUACAAACUAUGUGCUGGCUUGUUACAAGACUGAACUGUGCAAACGGCCACCUCGGUUAUGCAGGCAGGGCUAUGCCUGCCCACAGUACCACAACAGUAGAGACCGUAGGCGAAGUCCUAAGAAAUUCAAGUACAGGUCCACACCGUGUCCGAACGUGAAACACGGCGACGAAUGGGGCGACCCCAACAACUGCGAGAGUGGUGACAACUGCCCCUACUGCCACACGAGGACAGAGCAGCAGUUCCACCCCGAGAUUUACAAGUCUACGAAAUGCAACGACAUGCAGCAGACGGGGUAUUGUCCGCGCGGCCCCUUCUGUGCCUUUGCGCAUGUAGAUCAGGAGAUGACACUACAGAGAGAGUUAUCAGAAAUGAGCUGUUCCAAUUCAUUGUCAAGUUUUCUGCCGUCAUCAUUACAAACAGCAAACAACAACAAUAAUCAACCAUCCACUAAGGCAGUUCAAAUGAAUGGCAGUGGGCAGAAUGGAAAUAACCAGAAUAAUUACAGCAAAUCUCUACAGUUAAACAACAACUUGACACCAAUGACUACUGCCCAGCAACUGAUUAAUAGUAUAAAUUUCAGCAUGUCGUUAGGAAACUCAAUAUCAAAUUCAAUACCUAUGGGUAGCUAUAGCGAAAGCAUCAUUAACACCUUCCACAUGGCUCCAAUUGGAAAGCCUCGGUCUGGUAGUGUAGCGUCCGAUGGUGGCUCCACCUAUCAGAAAGCGCCGGGAUCGGAACGGGAAGAUGCCCAGGCUAGUAUACGCAAGCAGAUUUUAGCAAUCGACAAUGACCCCGCGUUAGAUCCGGGAGAGCGAGCGAAACGCAAGCAGAACCUCUGCCUCGUGCAUAAUCUCAAUCCGGCUAGUCUAUCUGGUACUCCACCGACCACGCCGGGCUCCACCGGUUCAGCAAUGUCAGCACUUGCUAUGCCCUUCUAUCCACCUAGCGACACUGUGGAAUCCGUUAUAGGCAAUGCAUUGGAUGACCUCAUGACGUUGGAAGACAUCAGUAACUUGGCUGCGAUAGAUAAAGAGAUUGAUAAUGAUAGCAACUCAGUUAGCAGUUCACAUAGUGCUGGUUUUAGCUCUAAUAACUACACGGGAUUGCUCGUGUCUAGUGCACCAGUGAACAUUCCCGCAACAUCGUCGUGCAGCACCAUUACCAAUAACCUGUCGCAUUCGCCACCGCACUCCCCGCUGGUCGGUGGACUCACGAGUAGUCUGCGUGUGCAUCACAACAGCCAUCACGGCAUCGACCAGAGUACUUUUCUGUGCCAUCCGAACUCCACGCAUUCGAAAUAUCAAAGUCUCCCCGGUGGCAUCAUGGACUUCAACUCGCACAGCAUGUCGCCGACAGCGCUGGGCCGCCACUCGCCUCUCGUCACCAGCACCGUGUUUGCCGGCAGCAGCGCGAGCGAGGUGCAGAAACUGCGAGAGGAGCUCAUAUCCAACAGAGCCAAGCUGGCUUCUUGGGAAGAGAGCAUGCACCAGGCUAGAACGGCGUGCGAGGCGUGGAAGCGGGAAGCUGAGGACGCGAUGCGGAGGGCCAAGCUGACGGAGCAUGAGAAGCAGCAGGGAAUGCACGAGAGAGAGGAGGCAUUAUCUAAAAUCAGCCAGUUACAACUGGAGCUUGAAAAGCUGACGAGUGGGCAGUAUCUACGAGUGCUAGCAAUUGGUUCAGGACUUGAGGAGGUGCCAUUGCCCAAGUUGAAACACAUACAGCAGCAAAUGAGACUAGAUCUAGAAAGAGUUGAAAAGGCGAUAUUCAAAAGUCAGGCAGUCAAAUGUUUAGUGUGCCAAGAGAAGAAUCGCACAGUAGCCAUCUUGCCCUGCAACCAUUAUGUUCUCUGUGAGACGUGUGCACCGCAGCAACAAGAAUGUCCCUACUGUCAUCAGACCAUCACUCAAAAGUCCAGUGUCGGGCGACCUGGCUUAUAACACCUCGAUCUUCUAGGAUUAACAAAUUGUUCUUAAAUCAGGUUUAGCGGUGUUGUUUUUACCAGUGCCACGCGGAGAUUUGAAUUCGCAAUCUCUUUUGGAUCUCUGUCGAUUACAGAUUGCUGCGACGGCAUUGCAUUUUGGCUGAGUGUAUUUUGUAUUCUUUAAGAGUUUUGUACUUAUGGAGUACUACUGUCAUUUUAGUAUUAAGGAGAAGCGAUCGAGUGAUGUAUAAACACGGCCUGCACUUUAGCUACAUAGUGAUAGUUACAGAGUGUUACGUGGAUGUAUGUGUAAUUGUGUAAGCGGGUUUAGAUUGUGCAGAAAUAAUUAGUAAGUAGCUUACAUAGUUUAAGAAGCAUUGUGACCAGAAUUAUUUGUAUCGUGUGUGUUCAUAAAGAAGGUUAAGCUAAGCUUCAGUUCACAGCAAUAUAACAGAUGGUUAUUGCGCCAAUCACAGAUUAUUGUACAAGUAUGUGAGCUGGAAAAUAUUUUGCUCUCCACAUUUACUCAUCUACACUAUAUCUUCUUCCCUUUCUUCGAUAUAUUUUAGCCAGCAUUUGAGCUGUCUAGAUAUCCAGAUCUUUAAACGAUGUUUUGUGAACUUUUUGAAGAAUAACUAUACUUCAUUUGUCAGCAUUAUUUUAACGUUAAGUGUGGGCUUUGUAUAUUUUAAAUAAUUUUACUGUUCAGUAUUAAUAACAUAAUUGUACCAUAUUGAAUAAUAACUAAAAAUUUACUAUUUGCAUUAAGAAUGGCACCACUCCCUGUGCUGUGUCGCAGGGGUGACAUAGGAUGGUCCAAGUUGUUUAUGCAUAAUAAACGCGGCCAGCUUGUAAUUUGACAAUCAUUAAUAUGAUAAACAAUUGAAAUAUUUUAUCACUCGCUGUUAGCUUCAGUUAAAUUAUGGUUUAUGUUAUAUUGCUAUUUUAACAUUAUAAUAGUAGCUGGAGAUUGAUGUAAUAUCACCUUCGUUAUAAGCUCGCUGUGUGUAUGUAGCAAGGUUUAACUUUGCUACCCAGCAUAACGUUACAAGCACAAGAGACUGGUGCCAACAGUAAAUGCCAACUAACGUAUCGUUAAUUAACAAAUUUAGGAUUUUGCUAGUAUCUCAUUAAUAUUGAACAGUAAAAAUUUCUGCGGAGCUUAACACUAAAUAAUUUAAUCCUAAUUUAAGUGAAAAUUAUGCUGAAAGCUGAAGUUGUGUUAUAUUUUGUAUCACUGAUUGGCAAUAUGAAUUUCCUACUAAUUGGCGUUUCCAAUAUCAUGCGUUCUGCGCUACACUUCCAUUAUGGUACUUUUAAACACUUGUUUGUGUACAGUUUUUCUUACCGUGUACGGUAAGUGUAUUACCAAAAAAACUGCAUAAUUAGUGUGAUAGUUGUUCAGUGUGGUGUUAAAAUCUGCCAUCAGCUGUUUAUUUUUUCUUUGUAAUCUUGCAACCCAAUGUAGUUUGGCACUAGACAAAAAGUUUUAUUCGCAAUUUUGCGUACUGUUAAGACAGUAUGAAGGCACUGCCUUAGCAAGUUUACUAGUGGGUUCAUGCCUAUUGAUUGAAUAGUAGGCCCUAACGUACUAGAAGGCAGUUAAAUCUAUAAGGUGUGUAUGUCUCUUGGUUUUCUCACGUGUGUAUCCGUAAUUAUGCUUGUAAAUGUUUAAGGCCUCUGUAACACAGUACAAGUAUGCAUAUAUGCAUACCUGCUGGACACUGUAUUGGUAGGAUGGAUUCUCGUGGAGAUAGAUACCUAUCGUAUCGUCAGGAAAAACCAUUAUAUAUUUUGAAACCACUAUAAAUUUAUUACGCAUUUGUACCCUGUACUGUUCUGCCACUGGCUAUCUCGUGUAUGAUGUAUAUCCAAAGUAGGUUUGCAAUCCCAACCACCGGCUUUGCUCUGGAUCCCGUACGUGCUUAUCGUUGACAUGUCGUGUCAUUAGAGCAGUCGAUGUCACCUGAUGGUUGUUUGAAUAGCACUCGCCAUGUUCAUAGCGUCCUCGUCUAUUCCGGUUGUAAUAGUUAGGUUUGCAUCGGAUCAAUUGCACUCUAAAAAUCUGGGGAAAAUACAAUGAUGCUUGCGGUUUCUGAGUAAAAUUCUCAGUCUCAUUACCGGCGAGGUCAUAUCGCAUGCUAGUUCUCGACUGGACAAACGCACAACCCAUGCAAUAGCGCAAUGCGUGUUUGUAGGAAAAGCAAGUUUCACGCAACACGUUCACAUUUUCAAUCGAAGCGAAUACGGUUUGGUCACGCGAUAGGUCCAUACUGCAAGUGUAUGUUUCUAGCUUCUAUGCUCCUUGGUGUAGCCUAACAUUGAUACUAACAAUACCAUGUGUUAACGGCUUCAACUCUUGUCAUUGGCUAUCAGUAUUACCGAUAGGUCAGUCUCUAACAGAACUCGGGAGACAGUGUUCCGGUUGGACUUCAGACUCCGUCUGAGUGAAAGAGAUACAGGGGUUGUUGUUGUUGUAGCACACCUGUAGUGGUGCCCGUAUCGCAAACAGGCGGAAUAUCAAUGCUUGGCUUCAUACGGUGCGCUUCUAUCACUAACAUUGUGUUUCAUAACGCUGUGUAUCCAUUUCGCUGCCAGUAACUUUGAUGUCGAUUUAGGUGUGCGUGUGUGUGUGUGCGUGCGUGCGUGCGUGCGUGCGUGCGUGCGUGUGUGUGCGCGCGAGCGUUUGUCCUCACCUGUGUACCUUUUAAGCGCAUAGUUCCAUUAUAGGAUUUCAAUUUACCAAAGCUGCCAUCGGUACCGAUUCUAUCGCUUCCUAUUGUACAUAUGCGUUACUAGAACCUUACUGCUGUCUGGUAAGGUACAUUGAAUCUGGCUCUUGUUUCGCCAUUCAGUUUCGCAGGUAGAUUUAUGGACCAUAUGUAGCAAACAUGUAAUUGUAGACAGUAACAAUUAGAAAGUAUAUUUUUGUACUUUGGAAGUAUAAUUUUUUGGUAUAUGAAACGUGAGAGAACUGAAGUUGAGAAGAGCUGAGUGUGAUGUGAACUUUGAGAAAUUUUCAUGAUUGUAAAAAGAGCGCAUUUUUGCCCGACAUUGACACGUGAUUUUUCUAAGAUAUAUUUUCUCCAAAGAUUAGAACAUGAAAUUACUGCAUGGUGUUUUAUCCGAGAUGAUAACGUCUCGGCUUUAGGUUGUUUAAAAUUAUUAUAUCAUUUAGGUUGAUUUUUAAAUUGUAAUAAGUAUUUAAAUUCGGGAGCUUCGUGAUGUCUAGGAAUGCAUAGCGUCUGCAAUUCCCAAUUGUGCCAGAUCGUGUAGACUUUGGUUUUCGGUACGAUGUACGAUAAAACGAAUGCGAGAGUGUUAAAUUUUAAGCAUAAAUAGUAGUGCACCUAUUAUUAUAAACAUAUUAAAGAUCCGUUUUCAAUUGAGUAUUGACCGCAAUAUCCAACCCAAUCAAAUAGGGUGGUCUAUAGGUAGCUCUACCUGUGCGGGGGGUGGUCUUCGCUCCACAAGAGGUAGAGCUAGUAUGUAGGUUGCAUAUACGUGUGAUACGUAGGGCGGUCACUCAUGUACAGGUACGACAGCACUUUACUGUUUGUGAUUGUGUAAACUUUAAUAAAUUAAAGUGGUCGGAUUAUA